AUGGACACCUUCAGCACCAAGAGCCUGGCCCUCCAGGCCCAGAAGAAGCUCCUGAGCAAGAUGGCAUCCAGGGCGGUGGCGGCCGCGUUCAUCGACGACACCAGCAGCGAGGUGCUGGACGAGCUGUACCGCGCCACCAAGGAGUUCACCCGCAGCCGCAAGGAGGCCCAGAAGGUGGUCAAGAACCUCGUCAAGGUGGCCGUGAAGCUGGGUGUCCUGCUGCGCAGCGGGCAGCUGGGCGGCGAGGAGCUAGCGUGGCUGCAGCGCUUCCGGCAGCAGGCGCGCCGCCUGGCCAUGACCGCCGUCAGCUUCCACCAGGUGGACUUCACCUUCGACCGGCGCGUCCUGGCCGCCGCCCUACUCGAGUGCCGGGACCUGCUGCACCAGGCAGCGGGCGCGCACCUGACCGCCAAGUCCCACGGCCGCAUCAACCACGUGUUCGGCCACUUGGCUGACUGCGACUUCCUCGCCGCGCUCUACAGCCCGGCUGAGCCCUACCGCUCCCACCUGCGCAGGAUCUGCGAGGGUCUCACCCGGCUGCUGGACGAGGAGAGCAUAUGA